AUGCUCAAUGCCUCCAAAAUCUUCAUGACAGCAGUAAGUACACUCUUCUCCUCCUAGCGACGCUUCUCUCUUUCACAGAUACGAAACGUGUCACAAGAGGUGAAUGCGCUGAAAAAAUGGAAGGCGGACAAAUAUCUGCGGGAUGCGAGGCGGAGAGGAUUGCUCGUCAAAAUGACACGACAGAUUAUGUGAGUACUAAUGGAUCUGUUCCCCCUAUCGCAGUAUUCUUACAGUAAAAUCAAUAAAAUCUUGGUGAUGAAUGCCUGCGAGACGGCUAGAUGUCGCAACGGAGGAACGUGCAUUCCGCGCAUCGGCACCAAGUUCCUGUGCCUCUGUCCUCCUCACUUCACCGGAGAAACGUGCGAAGCCGACGUGGACGAGUGUUCCAUUUACAACGGAACCAUCGCCGGAUGCCAGAACAACGGAACGUGCGUCAAUAAAAGGGGAGGUUUCGAGUGCAAUUGUCCGUCCGGAUACCACGGACCACUGUGCCAAUUCCACAUGUCCGCCUGCUCAAAGACUUUCGAACUGUGCGGACCGCACGGACACUGCAUCGAGACCGUCCAGGAUCCGACUGCCGAAGCGUCUUCUGGAAGCUCUUACAAAUGCAUCUGUGACUGGGGAUUCAAAGUGUCGUCGGAUAAGAAUAAUCCGGUCUGCGAGGACGUCGAUGAAUGCGAUUCGAAUCCGUGUCAUCCGGGGGUCGAGUGCAUCAAUAUGCCCGGCUCUUUCAUGUGCUCCGGAUGUCCGGUAGGGUACAGAUGUAAGUUAAUGUGCCAGGUUUGUAUUGCAGUGAAAUCAGCUACAGUAAUCUUUAGAUUAAUUGAAAAAAAAAUGGUUACAGCCCAAGGAAACUCUUGCGUCGACAUCGACGAGUGCGACGAAGACCUUCCGUGCUCGGCCCAUUCCCGUUGUCACAACACAAUCGGCGCCUAUUACUGUGAUCCGUGCGAGGCCGGAUACACCGGCGACGGACGGACUUGCACGGUGGUGGACAUUUGCAAGGAGAACAGGUGUCAUCCUCUGGCCACAUGCAAACCGCAUCCCGGCUUCUUCUUCGGCGAAUACAACUGCAUAUGUCCUGACGGCUAUGCCGGACAAGGAAUGGGGCCGGACGGAUGUGUCAAGUCGCUCAGCUCUGUCUGCAACGAUCACAAGUGUGUCAACGGAGGCAGCUGUCAGGUCAGCAUUACGGGGCAGUCACUCUUUAGAACUCACCGAACUUUCAGCCUAUCAAUGAAACUGCGUACAAUUGUCACUGUGAACCGUACUUUGGCGGAAUUCACUGUGAAACAGUGAGUGCGUGUCGAGAGGAACCGUGUCUGAACGGUGGAGCGUGCCAAGGACUCAACGAGAAGUUCUACUUCUGUGAGUGCACAGCCGGCUUCUUCGGAGACCUUUGUGAGCAGCAGGAAGGAGGUAUGUCUCUAGGCUUUACGCUAUAGUGCUUUCCAUUGACACAUUCAGAGUGCGGGGAACAUUUCAACUCUGACAAUGGCACGUACUCGUUCGACCACACCUCCAACUAUUCGCUCGUCUGUGAUUUCGUGUUCAACCGACCCGCUCCCAACAAUGCUCUUCAAAUCACUUUCACUGCCUUCGAUCGGUUUUCGAACGAGGGAGAAGGGCCGACGGACUGCACAACGACUGACGGAAACUUGACUCUUUUCGACGGACCAUCGGUCAACGGACUGGCAAUGGCGACGUUCUGCGGGGACGAGAACAGUGUGCAGGCUCCGUUGCAGAACACCCCAAUCACGAUGACGUCGAUGGGCGCGUUGUUGAGGUUCAAAGGAAAACAGGGCAAAUUCGGCAUCAGCUGGGCUAAAGUUGAAAGAAGUGCGUUAUUUUACUCCGUGAUUGUGAUGCACUGAUAACUUUCAUUUUCAGAAUGUGGCUACCGUACCAACAAACCCGAGGGAAUACUUUCGGUUCCUCAAAACAAACAGGACGUGGCUUGCGAAUGGUUCAUCACAGCACCAGCCGGAAAGAUCAUAGAAAUCACGAUCCCAGCAAUCCAAAUGCACACGAAAGACGCUGAGAACUGCGAUCAGAACUCUCUGGAGAUCUUCGACGGAUACUCGACGUACGACCGUCACCGCAUCCUCGAGACGUGCUCUUCCACUCAAGAACAACAGAUUUUACGCUCGACCGGCCCCUUCUUAUCCGUUUCGUUCGUCUCCAACAUGCUUCCGGGAGUUUCUGGACUCGAGACAAUUCGUGGAUUCUCAAUGACCUAUAAGUUCGCAACUCCGUUGAGAGAAUGUGGCGCCGAGUUGACCAAUGACAAGGAUGACUUCGACUUCAACGGAGUUAUCACAUCUCCCAACUUUGGAAGUUUGUACCCUCCGAACAUGGACUGCACUUGGAAGAUCAAUGGCUCGCUGAGCAAUGCUUCGUACAGCGGCGACAUGGUCAUUCAGUUGACAUUCGACGAGUUCGACAUCUUCUCCGGCUUCAGUGCAAAUGGAAUUGGAAUGCAUUGUAAGUAUUUAAAUCAAAAUGUUUAAAUAUCCAACACUUUCAGACCGUUCCUUCCGUCGUUACAAUCCGUUGGGCGUUGUCAGUCCCGGCUUCUCUCGACUCUACGGAUACCGAUCGAUAAUGGAUAUGGGAAGUUGCACAGAAGACUUCUUGAAGAUUCACGACGGAAAUGGAGACAUGGUUCAUGAGGGGUGUAAUCCGAGGAAACCUCCUAACGUACUUGUGGUGCCCAAUCCGGCGGCAGUUCUUCAUUUCCAUUCCGACGGGAAAGACCAAGGAAAGGGAUUCAAGCUCAAAUAUGAGAUGUGUAAGUGGGACCCGGAGAAACUAUUUUAAUACUUCGAAUGGUUCAGUAUGUCAAAAAACUGUGAGCGGAAACGGAACGCUACGGACAUGGAACUUCCCGGACGGAGGGUCAGCUGGCACGUGCACCUACAUCAUCGAGGCACCAAGAACUCACGUCAUCAAUUUGAGAUUCUUGACAAUUGGUCUUCGAGUUCUGCCGAUGAGCGAGUGUUUCUACGCUCCGAAAGACGUGGAUACUUACCCGGAUUAUAUUGGGGUGAUGACUCUGUUUUUCUGAAGAACCUUUCUAACAAUACAUACUUUUCAGUUCUCCGGCGGUCGCUCUGAUAAUCCGUUCUUCAACCGUCGCUACGUUUGUCCCCGUUUUCCGUUUGUCGAAGGAAACUGGAUGGCUGUGUCCGCCGUCCGUCCCCUGAAGAUUACAGUUGCCUCAUCUGGACACGUGAACAACAAGGGACUGUCUCUAGAGUACACGACUACCGACGUCGGGUGCGGAGGUCUCUUCUCAAGCAUGACUGGAGUUGUGUCCUCUCCGAAUUACCCGGAAAAAUACCUUCCGCACAUGCAGUGUGUCUACCAGAUCUUCGUUUCUUGGUCCAAAGUCGUCAAACUGUCAUUCGACACGUUCGACCUGGAAGUCACCCCGGCCACCAGUUGUAAUUACGAUCGAGUCGAGAUCUACUCGACGUACCACAACGAAACAGUCCAUGGAGAACUGCUCGGCAAGUUCUGCGGAUCUCUGAUCCCCCCGGCGAUCUUCAGUAAAACCAACACGAUGGCGAUUGUGUUCGUGUCGGAUAGAUCGGUUUCCGGCCAGGGAUUCAGCGCAAAGUUCGAGGCGGUCAGCCGGAGCACCAACUGCGAUUUCACGUUCGCGGCGCCCUCCGGUCAGUUGGUGUUCAAGCCGGAGCUGACGAGAUAUGAAAAGUGCACAUUCCACAUCGCCGUGCACGAGAAUCAACGCGUCCAGAUCACCGUGAACAACAUGACGUUGCCGUGCGACAAGAGCAGUCUGCAAUUCCGAAACGGACCAUCCGAGACGUCUCCUCCGUUCACUUAUCUGCCCGGCGAUUCAGAAGUGUGCACGCCGAAGGUGAACUUCAAUCCGGUUCUCCGAUCGUUCAGCAAUCGGGUCACCGUCAUUUUCAAGUCUAUUGACUCGAGCGACACGUUCUUCAACAUGACCUACGAGACGGUCGCUUCUGGUGAGUUUCCCUCAGAGUUCACUUCCAUUCCCUACUGUUUCAGGCUGUGGCGGACGCAUCGAUGGCUUGUCCGGAGUGGUUUCGGCCCCUCAAUACCCAUUGGGCGACAGAAGGAACAUGAAGUGCGAGUGGAAGGUGGCCGUGGCACUCGGAAACAAGGUCCGAUUCGGUCUAACCGCACUGGACGACUUGAAUGCAGGAGACAGCUCCGGAUUCUGUCCCGUUUUCUCCACAAACAGACUUGAUGUAAGCACUGUUCUCCUACUGAUCAGGAAAGGGAAACAACUUGAGAUAAAAUAAUAACUUUGCAGUUUUACGACAGUCCUCGCUUGGGAAGCCGUCAUCUGAAACGCUACUGCAUGAAGGAGAUGGCCUCCGAACCGAUCACUUCGGACGACAACGAGUUGGUGAUCAAGUACAGCCAGAUGGCCGGACACCAGGCCAAGAAGCUGUUCGGCUUCUCUGGCCAUUUCACAACUCUCUGCUCGGGAAUCGUGCUCUCCGACAUUGUUGGAAACAUCCAGAGUCCCGGAUACCCCCACAAAGUGUACAGUAAUCAGUUCUGUUCGUGGACUAUCCAAGUGCCGAAAGGAAACAAGAUCCUCGUGACCAUGCACCACUUUUCCGUCUCGCAGGGCUUUUACAGCGUCUAUGAUUGUCAGGGAAAUAUGCUAAAAGUGGACGACACUGACCUGGGAGAGGCGGAAAUCACCUACAGGACACAGUUCAACGUGACGAACUCUGUGAACAAGUACUGUGAUCGGGCGGUGCCAAGGACCAUUCGAUCCCGACAUAACACUAUGAAACUGACCUAUAUCAGCCACAUGACGCCCACCAAUCAAUUCUGGCUGAGUUGGAGCACAAUUGGCUGCUCGAGAGACAUCAAUGAGCCGGGAUUGAUCAUCAUUAAAAAGGAGCACAUUGACUCGGAAGUCGAUGAUUUCCAGUGUCAGUACAGGAUCCAAGCCCCGAUCGGAAAGCGAAUCAACUUGAGAUUAGAAAGAUUCGACAUCCUUCCGGACUCGAGUUGUGAGUACCAGAACGGUGGAGAGGGAUUCAAUGGAAUGGCGGUGUUCAUGGGCAAAUCGAACGCAUCUGGAGUGGCAUUCCACACUGUCUGUGAGGCCGCUUCUCGAAAGAACAUCUCUUCGCAAACCGACGAAUUAUUCAUUCUUAUCUCGGUUAGUUCAGAUCUUUCAAUUUCUCGAUAAAAACGUAAACCUUUAGCUGGACAAGAAUCGGUUUACUUCGAAGGAUAAGAUCUUCUUCAAUGCAACCGUCGAAUUUAUUGACAUUCCACCGGACUCGCCAUCUGACACUUGCGGUGGAAUCAUAGAUUGUAAGUCAAAACUAAUAAUCGCCAGAAGUUGAGUACCAACCCAUUGUUUUCAGUGGAACGAGGGAUCGUGAACAACAUCGUCUCGCCCGGAUACCCGGCUCCGUACCCGAUGGGAAUCCAGUGUCGGUGGUUGUUCCGUGCUCCGGACGGCUAUCACAUUGAGAUCACCGUCGAGGAAUUCCACUCGCCCAACUACCACGAGGAGCGCAAUUCGGCGAGCUUCCCGAUUCCGGGACGGACCUACAAUUCCACGUGUCGCUUUAAACUACCGUAUUCCGACGGUAUGCUCACAUUCUUCAACGGAAAUUCGUGAGUUUUUUUUUAACUUUCUCUGUUUAUUUUUCGCUUCCAGAACAAACGAACUCAUCUACGAAAAGGUGUGCCAAGAAUCGACGACUCCGCAGGUGAUCGAAGUGUACUCAUCUGAAUCGCUGGUCGUCUUCGAAGGCGCUUCAAACAUAUACGGGUGGAAGAGCGGAGAAGCAGCACGGGAAAAGAACGGAGUCCGGCUCUCCGUCCGUCCCCGAUGCGGAGGCGUUGUCUAUGCCGAAACGAUACCUCAGACGAUCUCAAUGUUCCACGAAGGAGACGAUGUGUGCAAUGUGACGAUCAAACGGAAAGAUCCGGACGAUUCGGAGAUUUUCAUCCGACUGGAGGAGUACAGAAUGCAGAACCGAUCGGACGAGGCUUCGGACGACGAUAAAAUCGACAUUUACGUGGGCGGAGAGUUAAAGUAUACGGAAGUGCUGGGCUCGCGGACGACAAUGAAAGAGUACUCGGCCGAGGAGGACAUCAUGAUCAGUGUGCAGCACGCGAGUGCGCCACACUCCGCCGUCAUCGUCUACAGUACGGAUGAGAGGAAUUGCGGGGGAGAGGUCAGACACCAGGAGGGAUACGUCAGAUCUCCAGUCAUUCGGGCACUCGACAAGCCGUUCGACUGCGCGUGGACCGUCUCGAACAACAUCGGAAACCACGUCCAAGUUACUAUCCAGUCCGUCUUUGAGAUCUUUGUCAUCCCGUUCGAAUAUUGUUUCCUUUCAGACAGCAUAACUUGAGAGCAACUCCGAACUGCACAGAUUCCUACAUCGAAAUCCGAGAGUUCAACUCGUCCGGUCGUCUUGUGGAACGCAUUUGUGAGCCUCUGGAGACAGGAAAACUGUAUUCCUCUCAACAACUCUACGUGUUCCUGCGGUUCCGCCCGCCCACCGAAGACGACGAUCCGGACGACGAGGAGCCGAAUCCCAACAUCCCACUGCUCUUCUUCUUUUACAAAAAAUGGCCGGGAGGAGCUCCAGCCAGUCGGUACGUCUCGAAUCCAGUGAUAGAUAAGCAAGAGAUCGUCACUUGGACUCUGGAUGUGAAGGAUGAAAAUGCGACGAUGCUGGUCUCAUUUUCCGAGUUGUACCUGCCGAAUCCGUCGAGUUGGCUAAGAGUAAGUCGUUUUUCGAAUAUUAACGUGUGAUUUUUCUAUUUUUCAGUUCUCCGAUACCAACAAUCCGGACGAGUUCGAAACGGUUGGAUACGAGGAAGUGUCUGGAGUGAUGGCGCCGUCUGAGAAGUACUUUGCGAAACGGAAGAUCUUUAUGAUCGGAAAGCUAGAAGCGAAAGAUCGGUUCUCACUCACCUGGGAUCCUGUUCCGCGGAACUACAAGAACUUGACUGCGAAAAAAGAGAAAAAGAAAAGUGAGAAAUUAAAGAGCUACAGGAGCUCGUAGCUUCAUAUUUCAGAAGUCUAUGACUGCGGAGGCUCGCUGGUUCCCUCGUACGAUUGGGAAUCCAUUAACAGUCCCCUUCCGGCAGGCCAAUCGUUUGGAUACGAAGAGAGUUUGCACUGCAGAUGGACAAUGACACGGCCAAUGUUCACCGGAAUUGAGCUGAAAUUCGAUUUUCUGGAUUUAGAAGACACCGAAGAUUGUGCCUACGACUUUGUGACUUUCCGUCCGCAGCUCGACGAUCGACCGUGAGCCACAUUGUCCUUUCAGCGUUAAUGUUCCCCGUGUUUCAGAGAAGUAGAUGAAGAUUCUGAAAUCGACUUUACAAAUGUCGCCAAGCAUUGUAAAUUGGCUCGUUCCAACGGCACAUUCAAAUUCUCAAUCAAUCGAGCCCUCCACAUUCAUUUCAUAACGGACAAGUCGAGACAUGGAGUCGGAUUCCGAUUAUUGUACAGAUUGAGUGAGUAGAGUUCUGCCAAAGCAUUCUAAUCUUCCCGUUCAGCCUGUAAUUCCUUCGAGCACAUCCGUCCUUCGACCACUUUCGAAGGUUACCUUCAAUCUCCCAACUACAAUUCCGGCCUGGCUCCCCGAGAAUGGAAGUGCAAGCACACGCUAUUCGUCGAGUCGAACCGCAAGAUCUUCGCUGAGGUAUUGGAUCUGGACAUUGAGGAGAACAGUCCGUGCACCUAUUCCGACUCGCUCAUUCUUGGAGACCGCUUCUCCGACGGCAACACGAUUCUGCCAGAGUCCUCCAGAUUCUGUGGAACGUUGGGAGGUGAAUCGGCCAACUUCACUUCGAGACGAGGAUAUUUGUGCAUCAAUUACAAUGCGAGAGCAUCGAGCAGGAAAGGUUUCCGUCUUCGGAUCAAGGAAGUGGUCACUGAGUGCCCGUCCGGAGUACUGCAGCUCAGCGAGCAAGAUCCGUCACGAACGAUCCAAUCCCCCGAGUUCCCGAAGAGAAUUCCGAACUCUGUGGAGUGUGAAUACGUGAUGGCGGCGCCGAACGGACAUCGAGUAAUGCUCACCUUCGAUUCCGACAACUUUGACAUCGAUAUAACUCCGAGCGGGAAGUGCGAGUAUCUGGACUACAUCGAAGUGCGCGACGGACCGUCUAAGCACUCUCUGUUGAUCGGAAGGUACUGCGGAAACCGUGCUCCGUCUACGAUCUUCUCUACUGGAAGCUUUUUGUACAUGAGAUUGCACAGCACCGAGUACGGAAGGAGCAAGAGAUUUGUGGCCACUUAUGAGAUUGGUAAGUGGAGUGAAUGUAGCGGAAGUCUGAACUGAUCUUACAGCAACCUGCGGAGGAACCAUAAUGGUGGAAGAGAACGUCACUUCACACGUCACCAGCCCCAACUUCCCGGAUCCGUUCUCCACUCCGAUUGACUGCCAGUGGAAGAUCCGCAGUCCGAACACACACAUGCUCGAGGCGAGAAUGGAGCACAUCUGGCUACUGUACAAUCCGAAUUGCACGAUGGAAAGCUUGAGCAUUCUGGACGGAAACUCGACCGCAAACGCGUUGAUGGGACCGGCAUGUGUGGCAAGACAACUUCCAGAUGAUUGGAUCAGAAGUGCGUCGAAUGAGUUGACCGUCAAGUUCACUUCCAAUUCUACCGUUACUGUGAGAGUUUGUCUAUGUGAAAUCUGCUGAAAUGUUUAUUUAUUCAGAGAGGCGGACGCCAGUAUUGUAAUGGAAAAAAGUGCGGAUUCGACUUAUCGCUGAAGCUCAGUGAAACUAGUAAGGCUUCUUUCACUUUCUGGGAACCACAUCCUUUUUUCAGACUGCGGUGGGACAAUCACCGACGCCGCUGGCUCUUUGAAACCUCCCGGAUACCCCGGAAAACUCCUCCCACACGUGCACUGUUCUUGGGAUUUCAAGGCGAAACCCGGAUUCGUCUACAAGUUCCGAAUCAAUUUCAUCGACGUGGAAGGCUACAGAGAUGUGAACGAUAUGUUUUUCAAACGUUUCGGCGACAACUGCUUCCCGGAUGUUCAAAUAGUCCAAGGGAACAUGCCGAUCAAACAAGUCGCCUACACGCACGUCUUCUGCAAGAACAAAGAGGAGUACAACGCGUUCACCGACUUUGCUCAAGUGGUCUACGAUGACUACAACACCCGUGAGCUCAUCGGAAGAUACGGAGACGAUGAGGGAAACGGAACAUUCUACGCUCCGUUCACCAUCGAUUAUCUUGUGAUUCCGGCGAACAAACAGAACAAGGGAUGCACUUUCCAAGUGGAGAAUAACGGCACUUUCACCUUCAAAAAGGACGAUCCGAAUGCGAUUUCUGUGGAUGGUAAGGGCACUUGAAUAAAAACUCUGAAAAGUGUUCCAAGUUUCAGCAUUCUGCCAUAUCCACAUAUCGAAACCACUCAACUUCGGCAGUGUUUCCGUCAAAAUCGACAACUACGACUCGAAUUCAGUGAUCGAACGCGAGACUUCCUCGUGUCUGGCUUGGGAUGCACACAUCAAAGUUGAGGGUGAGUUCUCCGAAUGGAAUGCAAAGUGCCCAACUAAUUCUGCAGCCGCCGAGCCGAUAAUCGACAGGAUGAUUUGUGGGUCCACAGUCAGCGGAAACAGCACCGAAAUGCUCUACGUCAACUCGCAAGUCGAUUUAUGGAUCAGCCAGGCUUACCGCGAAACGUCAGCUCAGGAGUUCAAUCUGACGAUCGAAAUCCAAAAGUGCGGGGGCGUCAUCAGAUCACCGAACGCUGGCGAAAUCACGAGUCCGAACUUCGGAGCCGGCCUGAAAUAUCUGCCGAAUUCCAAGUGCCGAUGGCAUUUGGAAGCACCCGAAGGACAGAUUGUCAAGGUACAAACAAUAAUAUUUAUUUGCCAUAAUAACCGUAAUUGCUACCGUAACCCAUUUGUCCAUAGCCACCGUAGCCACCGUAACCACCGUAUCCCGCUCCGUAUCCUGCCCCAUAUCCAGGGCCAUAAGCCAUUGGGGGAUAGGCGCCGCCGUAGUACAUCGGGCCGCCACCGUACUGUAAUGGAGAUGGUUUCUAGAGAAAACAGAUAUUGAAACUUACAAAUUGCCCGGAAAUAAUUGAAACUAGCAAAAGUAGAAGUGUCCAAAAUACAGUGGUCAUUGUGUAAUUCUUGAUGUUUCUCGCCUCUUCCAUCAUUUUUCUUUUAUACAUCUUCAAGUGCCCCAGUUCCCCCGCACCUUACGCAACGUUCCUCCGAAAACAAAACACUUCAGAUCAAAAUUGUCGAGAUGCGAAUACAGUACGAUCAUGAGUGCAGCGCCGACCGUUUAAUCGUCGGCGAGGGACGUCAGGCCGAUGUGAACGUCAUUCACAAGUACUGCCACAAAAUGGACGGAUCGCAAGAGCAGAAGCUCGAGGAUCGCUUCAAGACAAUUCGGAGUCAUGGGCGGUUCCUCACACUUGUCUGGUUGACGGAUGCGAACUUUGAAAGUGACGGAUGGAAGUUGGAGUACGAGUUUGUGGGCGAGAAUGACGACUGCGGAUACCACUCGAGGGGAAUGUCCGGAGUGAUCCAUUCGCCCGACUUUGGAGAAAAGGACUAUGAUAAUGGACUGGAGUGCAUUUGGGAUAUCCAAGUACCCCUGGGAUACCAUGUGGACUUGAAGUUCCGGAAUUUUGACGUCGAAACAUCGGCGAAUUGUGCGAAGGAUCGGCUGGUGAUCUCUCAGGAGCACUCGACGAGAGCCAACUCGCCCAACGGAGACUACUACUUCCUGUUCCAAGACGAAGAGAAAGAGAAUCCACUGUGCGGAAUCGAACAGCCAAAGGACUUCAGCUCGGAAUCCAACCGGAUCCGGCUCAAUUUCACGACCGACUCGAAAACGACAGCGAAAGGAUUCAAAGUCGAUUGGGAAGCAGUGUGCGGAACUGUUUACCGACUCAAUCACGGAGUAAUCACGUCCCCGCAUUAUCCGGAAGGGUACCCGAACAAGGCGUCCACUUGUACCUAUUUGAUUGCGCCGAAAGAUCAGAACGCGGUCAUUGCACUCAAGUUUUCCGAUUUCGAUUUGGCAAGCACUAAAUGUGAGUUGAAGUCUCUUGUAAAAAAAAAACUAUAUUAUCGUAUUCAUUCAGCGGCCAUCGGUCGGUUCCCAUGCGAAGAAGACUAUCUUCAAAUCAUCGAAGCGAGCACGGAUCGAACGGUCAUGAACAUCUGCGGAGGCUCUCCGGUACCGGAAGAUCCUCUGAUCUUCAAGGGCCCAAUUGGACUGAAGUUCGUGACGGACAAGAAGUUCACAUUUUACCUCAACGACACCACACUUGUCAAUCGCCGGGGAUUCCAGUUGGCUUACUCAAUUAACAGUUAGUCCGAAAGUCUUGCAGUGGAAAUAUUUAUGAAAUUCUUUCAGACUGUGGUGACAACCUUGAUCUUCGCGAAGGAACGAAGCGCAUUGCCAAGAUCACGAGCCCCGCGUUCCCUCUUCCGUACGCCAGAGACCUGGACUGUGUCUGGAAUAUCACUACGGAUUCGGAUCGGAAACUGAACAUUCGGUUCGAGGAAAUGAAUCUCGAAGACUUCCGCGACUGCUCGGCCGAUUCUGUCGAAUUCUUCGAUUCGUCCGAAAUGAUCGCCAACAAGACAAUGGGCAAGUUCUGUGGGACUAUGAAAAAGUGAGUAUCCACGUCUUAUAACUGAACUAUAUUAUUCGGUCCUUUUCCAGAGCGCCCAAGUACCGUAUGUACACUUCCGGUCCCAAUCUUCUCAUCCACUUGAAAACCGAUUUCAACGUGAACGCCGGCGGAUUCAAGCUCUACGUGACUUCAACUCUGGGCGAAAAGGACGGCUGCGGAGGCAAAGUGACUGCCACCGACACGUGGCAAACGCUGACGUCUCCGAAAGAUGACGACGGCAAUUAUCCGCCUUCUCUUGUCUGUGGAUGGACGAUCAGCGGACCGGUCAACUCGCAACUCGUCAUUCGCAUCGAUGACGUGGACACUGAGAAGCUUCGCUACCCGCCGGGCGUCACUCCCCAGCCAGAAUGCAUCGAUUCUCUGAAUAUUUACGACGGACAGGAAUCGUUCUCGCCGCUUCUCGCAGGCGAUAUUUGCACGAAGAAGACUCCGUACCCGAAGAUGUUGUACAGUUCGCACCGACACGCGUUCAUCACGUUCGACACGGAUCAGGAUGAGAGCGGAAAGGGAUUCAACAUUUCGUACAUGGUCAGAAAGAACGAGUGCGGAGGAUGGCUGCAGGCGGAGAGCGACACAAAAGCGAUGGUUUACAAGGGAAUCACCAAGGAAGAGAGUCAGUUAUUGUUCUGUUCCAGGGAAUCUCAUGUGUAAACUCGCAUUGCAGACAAAGAAGCGGACAAAGAGCGCACUCAUCAACGGUGUCGAUUUAUGAUCCAGGGCUCCAAAACAGAGCCGAUCAUCAUCAAUUUCAAGUAAGAUUAUGCAAUCCGAUACUCUAGAACUAAAACAUCUUUCAGAAAGUUCAACAUUCCCUCGAAGGCUGGCGACUGCUCUGACUCUUAUGUUGAGGUAUGAUCUCAACCGCGAGCCGCCACAAUAUCAAAUGACUUCUAGAUCCGCGACGUCGGCUCCCUCAACGAAUGCCAACAUCCAGCGUGUGCUCGCGAGCCAAACCAACGGAAGAUUACAAAGUUGUGCGGAACGAAUGUUCCCACGCAUCACGUCUCCAAUACCAACACUAUUCAGGUACACUUUUGAGGAAAUGUGCACCUUUCUCUGAAGUAAGUCUUUCAGAUCAUAGUGUCCGCCGAGAUUGUAAAGUCUGAGAAUAACACGAGACCUUCGUUCAAGUUCGAGUAUAGCCUGCUUGAUAGUAAGUUAUCAUACACGUCCAGCCUGCCCACGUAAUCACCUGUCCCAUUUAAGACUGCAACCGAACGAUCGACACAAGCACCAUCAAAUCGGGCCGUCUAACAUCUCCGGACUUCCCACAAUCCUACCCGAAAAACAGUACUUGUGUCACGAAGCUCGAGUCUUCCAACCAGAAAAUGAUGAUCACAUUCUCGUAAGUCGAAGACAACUUGGAAAGUUGAAAUUCUCCAUCUUCUAGUGAUUUCUCGUUGGAAACCAGUGACGAGACGGGAUGCAAGUACGAUUAUCUGCAGGUUGGCUCAUUCAUUCACUUUGAAGAAUUCAUCCAAAGUCUUUCAGUUAGCCGAGACUGAUUCCAAUGGGACCAAACACUGCGGAAUGAGGCUUCCAAACACGCUCCUCACUUCUGGAAAAGAUCUGACCGCCACGUUCCAGUCGGAUAACACUGUGAGCCGUGGAGGUUACGAUGCGUCCUACUUCACAGUCGUCAGCGAGACGGACAGUCGCAUUCAGUUUGCGGAUUCGUAUGAAAUGGACGGAGUGCUCUCGAAUAUCGGAUAUCCGAAUGGGUAUAACAAAUCGAUGAGUCAAGUGUGAGUUGCAUCUUCUAUGGUCAAUGCACCAUGUGUAUGUCUGCAGGUUCACACUCCGUCCGCCAGGAAGUCACGACUGUUCCAUCGUUUUCUCCGAUCUCAACAUCGGAGUGCUCAACACAAAGGAACAGUGCACGGAUCCAACGGACGAGUAUUUGGAGAUUGAGAUUCAGUUCAAGGGGCAGAUGCGAAAAGCGCGCAUCCGAGAGUGCACAUUCAAAACGAACGAUCCGCGCGAGUUGAUUCUCGAAGGAGACACAAACGAUCGGUAUCUGAAGUUCACAUUCCAAUCGGACACCAAAUCGGAGAACGACGGCCGUGGAUUCAAGAUCCGGUGGAGUUGUCACAGCAUCGGAAGGACCUAUCCGAUUCUCAAGGAUAUUAAGUGA